CGGUAUUUCCUUAUUGCGAUUGCUCGCCCAUAAAUAAGCGUCGCCGCGGUGGUCACUGGUCCGUUCCUACUCUGCCGCCGGCCGCCGCUCAUUUUCGUGACCUGCGCCCCGCACGCCGCCACGCCACCGUUAAACGUUAAACCCCGGCAAAGGCAAAACCCCUCAAGCCACCAUGGCCGACGACAGCUUCUCCGCGGCGCGGCUGUUCUCGCAGGGCGUCUCCUACACCUACGACGACGUGAUCGUCCUCCCGGGCUACAUCGACUUCCCCGCCGACGCCGUCGACCUCUCCACCCGCCUCUCCCGCCGCGUGCCGCUGUCGCUCCCCUGCGUCGCCUCCCCGAUGGACACCGUCUCCGAGUCCGCCAUGGCCGCCGCCAUGGCCUCCCUCGGCGCCGCCGCCGUCGUCCACAGCAACGCCGACGCCGAGACCCAGGCCUCCAUCCUCCGCGCCGCCAAGUCGCGCCGCGUCCCCUGGGUCUCCUCCACCCAGUUCUUCGCCCCGUCCGCCGCCCCCUCCGCCGCCGACUUCGCCGGCUGCGCGUACGCCGUCGUCACCGAGCGCGGGGACGCGCUCUCCAGGCUCGUCGGCAUCGCCGCCGCCGCCGACCACAGGCCCGGCGUCCCCGUGUCGGAGUACAUGACCCCCGCGCCCCGCACGGCGUCUGCCGCCUUCGAUUUCGAGCAAGCCGCCGCCUUUCUCGCCGACGAGGGCCUGGACUUCGCGCCCCUCGUCUCCGACGACGGCGCCGGCGAGGUCGUCGUCGACCUCGUCACCGCCCAGGACGUCGAGCGCAUCCGUAGCUACCCGAAGCUGGGCACGCCGUCGCUCGGGGCGGACGGGAGGUUCGUCGUCGCGGCGGCGAUUGGGACGCGGGAGGAGGACAAGCGCAGGCUCGAGAUGCUGGUGAAGGAAGGGGCGAACGCCAUUGUGAUCGACAGCUCCCAGGGGAACUCUGUUUACCAGCUCGACAUGAUCAAGUAUGCCAAGAGGAUGUACCCUGAGGUGGAUUUGAUCGGUGGAAAUGUGGUCACCGUUGCGCAGGCACAGAAUUUGAUCGCCGCCGGGGUGGAUGGAUUGCGGGUUGGGAUGGGCUCUGGAUCGAUUUGCACCACGCAGGAGGUUUGUGCUGUAGGCAGAGGACAGGCUACUGCAGUUUACAAGGUAGGGCAAUAUGCCAAGGAUCAUGGUGUGCCUGUUAUUGCUGAUGGUGGAAUCUCAAACUCUGGGCAUAUUGUAAAGGCUCUGACUCUAGGGGCAUCUACUGUUAUGAUGGGUAGUUUCCUGGCUGGCAGUCUUGAAGCUCCCGGUGUUUAUGAGUACAAGGAUGGCCAUCGUGUCAAAAAAUAUAGAGGCAUGGGUUCUCUUGAAGCCAUGACAAAGGGAAGUGAUGUGAGAUACCUUGGAGACACGCUUAAGCUUAAGGUUGCUCAAGGAGUUGUUGGAGCAGUUGCUGACAAGGGCUCUGUAUUGAGGUUCAUUCCUUAUACGAUGCAAGCUGUCAAGCAAGGAUUCCAGGACCUGGGUGCAGCCUCCUUGCAGUCAGCCCAUGACCUUUUACGAUCAGAAUCUCUUCGACUAGAGGUAAGAACCGGUGCUGCCCAAGUCGAAGGAGGGAUCCAUGGUCUUGUUUCAUAUGAGAAGAAGGCAUUCUGAGGCAGAUUGAGUGAUGUACAUUGAUCAUGGACCAGGGCAGAUGGCUGAAACAGACAAACUUUCCAAUACCUUGUAUUAUGGUCUUCUGAAGCCGGCCGUAGCUCGUCUGAAUCACUGUAUGUACAAUUUCUGGUGAUUCUGCUUUGCCUGCAUGCAAGGCGCCAAGCAGUCCACCAUUGUAACUUGCAUUGUGUGGUUUACUUUCACAGACUAAGUUCAGCAUUCCAAACUAAUUAACAAUUGAUGUGUCGGCCGGCGUGUGAAAUUAAAUCGAGAUGAAUCUAUUGAUGGAU